AUGGCCACAGAAGCAUCGCCAGUGACAGUCAUCCGAUAUAACCAGCCUCCAGGAGAAACAUCAGCAUCCAACCAACCGGGAUUCCCACCUCCUAAGCCCAGCAUGUCCGGCGCCUUGCCUGAUACCUGGCAGCCUACCAAGGUCGCAGACACAGGGCGUCCCGGACAACCUUUCUCCAAGCCCGUCCGAGUGUACUCUCCCCAAGAGAUUCCGGCAAAUAUAAAGACUGCUCGUUCAAGCGUCGAGUACGGCUUGAAAGAGUUGAUUAAUCUCCAGCAGCGACGAUCUCGGAUUGACGGGAUUAGUUUUCUUGAUCAGUUCCGCUUACAGUCAGCAAAUGUCCUUGGCGACCUGAACGCGCUGCGAGGUGAGCUCGCCGUACUUAUACCGGCAGUGAGAGCCAUUUGGAAACGACCGCAGCAUGACAGCAAGUCAUCCAACAGCACGGAGUAUGCAUUCCGGAAAAGCAAGUCACUCAUCACGCGCAUUUUGAGCGCUGUCCGAAGUACUUUCGGCGGCUUGGCAUCUGUUACUUUCUUCGUGUUUGCGGUGCUAUACGUCUUCCAGAACGAAGUGUCUCUGCGCGUGGCGAAGACGGUGUCCAAGAGGCUAAAACGGCUCCAUACAAAGGUCGAAAGAGGCGACCAGGAAAUCACCGAGAAUGAUCUGAAGCUACUUCGUGGGUGGCGAUGGAGGGUGUUGUUGUGA